GAAGAAUGCCGUUGCACCGAUGUCGCACAUUUCUUCGAGUACGAUCAACAACGACAUUUCAUGACAAGCAAGUUCUGCAACGUUUCAUUAUUCUCGAUGGGCAACACAGUGGCGACCAAACCUCUCCCGACAAGUCGUCAGCGUCAUCCCCAUAGACGCACGACCCUCUGCGUGCGUCCGCCGUCCUCUCCCCACGUCCUGGACGUGUCGUUCAAUCCAAGUACCCGCGUCGCGUUCACGCUGGUCCACGGCCUCGCGGCCAUGGCAGUGCUCCACAUCACCAACAACGGGUUGGUCCCCGUCCAGCUAUGCGUCAAGCCCAAGCACAGUCGGUACUACGUCGUUCCCAUGCAGGACAUUGUGCAUGCCAAGCGAUCCAUGGCCGUGGCGAUCCACGUGUCUGCGCGAGACGGAGCAGCGUGGAUCGAAGCAAAGAAGAAGAAGGACACGGCGGACGGAGACACUGACGUCGCGUUGGAGGUGGAGAUGGUGGCGGCGUGGUCGACCCCCCCAGAACAAUUGCAGCCCAUCAAAGUCGUGACGUUCCAAUCCCAUUGCACGACGUGGACCGCAGACGACGACUGCUUAGCCCUAUAAGAAUUAUUGCCCUAACUAUGUAUCACCAAGAAAGUUAGUAACUAUUCCCUUGGGGGUCACGAU